UGAAAUACAUUAGUCACGACAUAUAAAUAUUGUAAAUUUUUUAAUUUUGACUGUAACAUUAAUAAAAAGUGAUAAUUACAUAAUAAUAAAAAUUAUUUUAAGUAAAUAAAGAUAAAAUAGUCUGCAGAGAAAAAUGAUUUUGUUAAAUUAUUUCGUUCAGAUCAUCAUCAGUUUUUUCGUUAUUCCCUUGAUGUUUGGAGAAUCAGCAAAAAUAAUGAUGGAGAAAGAAUCUACUAAUGAAAUAAAAUUAUCAAAUCAAACAAACCCACAAAAUUUAAGUGAAUUGAGAAUUUGUGGUCAUGAUAUGCCAUGCGGAUGGUAUGUAUAUGAAAUGGCGAAACCAUCAUUUGGAUUUGAUAAAGUCUUCAAAAGUUUUAUAUUAAACAAAUGUAGAUGCAAAAGUGAUAUGUAUCGUUGUAUACGUGUACGGGAAAUACUUUCUUCUCAAGCUUUCACUUAUUAUUGUCGUGAAAAUACAACUCAAUAUGAUAUUUAUGCACCAAAUAGUGAUAUAUUUACCUAAAACGAUGAUCCAUACGAAUUUAAUUGUAUCACCAA